ACCCAACCCAGAGCCAGAGUCCACGCUCCGGAAGAAAAAGACACCGCCUUUCUUCGCUCUUCUCCUCCCCCUCGUGACACCACUGCACAGCAGGGAGAGACAGAUGGCGAUGCGGGCGCCGGCGGCGGUGCUGCUUCUGGCGGUGGCGAGCGUGCUGGCGGCGGGCGCGGCGGCGCAGUCGACGGGCACGCCGGCGUGCGCGUCCAAGCUGACGGGCUGCGCCGGCUACAUGAACGGCACGGACGCGCAGAAGCCGCCGGAGACCUGCUGCGGCCCGCUCCGGGACGCCGUCAAGAACGAGAAGCCCUGCCUCUGCGCGCUCUACGCCUCGCCCGAGAUCUUCAAGGCCUUCAACAUCAACGUCACCGACGCGCUCCGCCUCUCCAAGCGCUGCGGCGUCUCCGAGGACGUCAGCAGCUGCCCCAGCGCCUCUCCGACCAAGUCUCCUCCAGGUUCAAGUCCAAGUUCUCCGUCAGGUGGUGGCAAGAGCGCCGGGCACCGCACCAUGUCGGCCGGCUUCGCGGGGCUGAUGAGCCUGUUCCUGGUCCUGUGGUCUGCCCUGGCAUAAGAAACCGGCGAUUCGGCAUGAUGAUAGACAUGAUCUUCUUUCGGCUUAUAUAUCCCAUGGUAGAUGAGCUGCAGCUCUGGUGGUAGUUCUUGGCGGUGUCGUCGCAUUUGUUUUGCCGUGUAUUGGUUGGUGUUGCCAGUUCAGUAGACUUGCUGUGAAUAAGGAUUUCGGCACUCUCUUCAGACCUGUGAUGACCAGAGAAGAGUGGGCAUUGUGUGAGACGUAUUUCGGCUUCACUGUUUUCUUUUCUUUUAUACGGUAUUUGAGAGAGAUUUGUGCUAGUAAGAGGAGGCCACUCACGCCUAGAAUUCGAUGGGAAUUUGUUGUUUUUAGGCCACCACAGAUCUAGCCCAGCGACAUGCCUCCAUGCCGGCGAGGGGUGCUCGCGCUAGCUGCGCCCAUGCUUCCCUCACCCCAACAACUUGCGCCACCAAUCUGCGAGAGAAUCCCAGAGAUCCUGCGGCUGAUUUCUCUGGUUCCGCAGGCGGUAGGGUUGGACCAAAAGCUCGUAGCUCGCGAGUUUAAUGAGCGCUCGGAAGUUCAGCUCGUUAAGCUUGUAGCUCGCUUCUUAAUGAACAGAGCCAAUCAUUGAUUUUAGCUCGUUAAGCUUAACGAGCUUAACGAGCAAGCUAACGAGUUUCACGAGUAGUUCGUUAAGCUUGUUAGUAACAACACAAUACAUAUUUUCAUCUUAUGUGACAAACUUUUUAUAGCA